AUGGCGCUAGUUGCAUACCGGAAUCUGCUGCGAUCCGCGCGCAUCGCCUUUCAAGGCGACAUGAACACGCUCUUCGCCGCCCGCACCGAAGCCCGUAACAAGUUUGAGGCGAACCGCAACCUACGAAUCGGAAGCGAAGAGUUGCAAUCGUCAUUAGUACAUGCGGAGGAGGUGGCCAAGUUCCUGAGAGAAAACGUCGUUCAAGGGCAAGCAGCGGACCCAGAGGGCGAAAGUUACAAACUGCGGAUACACGAGCAUACCGAGCGAGGCGACAACGAGGAUAUCAAAAAGGGCAAGGGAAAGAGUACAUUGGGAGGCACAAAAUGCUGUUCCUCCUAG